AUGUCGGGCCGUAUCAACCAGCCCAACCGCGUCGAGACGUGGCUGCUCCAGGACGGCGAGAAGCGUCUCAGCCUUACCGAGGACCCCAAGGUCCCCAAUGCCGCGACCGUCGUCGUCCGCGCGCAGGACCACACGCUGGGCAACAUGCUGAGGGCCCAGCUCCUGCUCGACCCCACCGUUCUCUUCGCAGGCUACAAGCUCCCGCACCCUCUCGAGAACGUCAUUACGAUCAAGAUCCAGACCGACGAGCGCUCCAACCCGGCCGACGCGCUCAAGCGCGCGUGCCAGCUCCUCAUCACCCAGACCCUGUCCGUCAAGAAGCAGUUCCUCGACCAGGCCCGUAACAUUGAGAUGGGCAUGGGUCCCGAGGCCGCCGCCAUGCCUGGCGCCGCGUCCCAGACCGGCCCCGGCGGCUUUGACCCGUACGGCGACGGAUUCGGCGGCGGCGGUACCGUCGUCGGCGGAGCUGUGCGCGAUAGCGGUGACGUGUACGACUUUUAA